AUGUGCACCAAGCUUUUACCACCGGGCGUGUGCUAUCCUGUGGUGUCCAGCGGCAAUGUUGAACUCCUGGACUACGAACCCGAGGGAGAGGACCUCACCGCACAACAGUUUUCGGAGGCCGGUGCGGGAGACGAGCGCUGCCCCACACCCCGCGCGUUCACCGUCGAUGAUUUGCUGGACAACAUCGCCACGGCGGAUCCGGCGGACCUGGAGGACGCCGAUAACGCAGGACGUACCUCUCUGGAGGAUAUUGCCGGGGCGGCCCGUCUGUCGUCCGAUUCCCCCCUUUGCGUUCCUCCUUUCUCGCUCCCCCCGGAAGACAAAUUGAUCCUCUUACCCCACAUUGAGUUUAUGGCUUACCAAAGGUUGAACGAGAUGUGGUGCAACGAGAUGUGGUGCAACGGUCUUGCCGGGAAGAUAGCAGAGGCGGAGGCGCGAGAGCAGGCGAAGCGAGAGGGCGCGGAGCGCGUGGCGGAGCGUGAGGCUGCUCUGGCUGCUGCUGCGAGGAAGCAGGAGGAGGAGAGUGAGGCUGCUCUGGCUGCUGCUCCGGGGAAGCAGGAGGAGGAGCGUGAGGCUGCCCUGGCUGGUGCUGCGAGGAAACAGGAGGAGGAGCGUGCGGCUGCUCUGGCGGCAGCCCGGAAGCAGGAGGAGGAUCGUAACGCUGAGCUGGCGGAGCGCGAGGCAUACGUCCAAGCUGCUAUGGCGACGCAGGGGGCGCUCCGAUCACGGCCGGACCACCUCGAGUUCCCCCCCCAUGGCCCGCACGCAGAGGCUUUGCCCUCGCCCUCUCCCCAUCGUCGUGUUGUUGCCCCCCUCCAAUUGCAAUCGCAGCGUGCCUCUGUGGCGAAGGAAAACGGACGGGAGGUGGCGGCUACUCCGGAGUUUUCGGUGACGUUGGGUCGUCCGGCCGGUAAAGGCGGGGCAUCGACUGCGGCCGAAGCCGCGGGGCCUCCCGUCCGGCCUCUUCACGCCCUGCCCAUGUUCUUGGAGGGAACAAGGACUACAGUCGGUCGGCGGCUCCUGCAUCUAUUAGCUGGAAGAACCGUUGGGGUGACCAAGAUUCGACGGCCAAGAGCGGGACGGACGACCACCGCCGCUCCACCCAGUCUUCGCAAGGGCACGGUCCCGGAGAUGGCGGGCGAGGGCAAGCCGCGGGGACCCAGCCUACCAGAUCUUCGCCGGCGAGCCGCCACCGCCGGAGCAGGAGUCGGAGCGCAGAACGUCAACAGCGCACCAAUCCUUCGUCUAGGCGUAGCCGCAGCCGGAGCCAAAACCGGAGCGGGGGCAACAGCAGGGCGACCAGCAAUGACAGCGGUCGCGGCGGAAAAGGGGGACGGAAGUCAGACCACGGAAACAGGCAAGUGAUGCAUGAUCGGGGUGGUUUUCGUAGCUCUGUUCUUCACCGCUUGUUCUACGCCCGCCCGCUGAUGUAAGCCAACCGAACAGGUCUUCUUUGGCAUUCAAACUUGCCAACAUGCAACUUCGUGAACACGCAGCCGCUGUGAACAGCCAUGCCCCUGCCCAUGACGUUAUGGAUCAUCCCACAUCUUCCUUGCCUUUGGACGAACGUGUUGAGUCACCACGCCAUGCUGCAUCACACGCCUCGACUUCGGCUUCCCGUACUGAAAUGCUGUUGGAACAAGUACUCACUCUCCUGCGAGCAAAUCAAGUUGUGGAUGCUGCUGCCGACGCGAAUGUACAACCUCCUGUGCCCUCCCACGCUCCUAGCGAGCCACCACCUGCCCCAUUCAUUUUCCCACGAACGCAUCUGACCCCGCUGCAAGACCACGCGUCGAGCUUUUCGGGAGCUCCUGUAGGGCGCGAUGUUCGUGCCGAAACCGCUGCAAGGGCCACGUCAGGGUCAUCGUCAUCAGCCACGAUGUCGGCGGCAGUACCGGUCGGACCUGCGGUGGUACCGUCAUCGCCGGCAGCCCCAGCCCUGUUGCACUAGCCUUUGGUGGUAUCGCCCCCCCCCUCCAGCGUGCGUCUAUUCUGAUUGAUCCUAGCUCCGCGACCGGCCGCAUCGUCGAGUCACCGGGUCAAGCGACAUCGCCGUUGACUCAGGACGAUGCUGGCUUGCCCUUGUCUUCCACGGGAGCGAUAGCGAGGCAGGAGGCUCUGGACGCUGCGGACGCCGCUGCAGCGGAGGCCGACACCAUCCGCAUUCAAGACAAGAUGGACAAGCUGAAGCCGGAACGACUUGAUAGUGUCACACGCUUGCCCCUCGGUCCUGAUCCUGAUGAAUUUGCUCGUUUCGCGUCUAGCUGCAAGGGUGUGGUCACAGAGAUCCUCAACAAGAGCGACGUCUAGCGCAAGCAGACUUUCAAUUCCUCCACCUGGGUCACCGGAUGGCUUCCGUUGUUCCCCAAACGUGUCCGUGCUGCUUUCGUUGAAGGCCAAACCACCAACCGUGCUACGCUGGAAUUCCUUGAUGCCACCUUGCUACAGGUAGAAACCAUCUGCGCAUGGAACCGGAAGGGCCCUCGACGUACGUCUUUUUCAUCCAGAAAUUGGCGGCUGCCUGGGGCACUCAAGACAAGAGAUCGGGCAUUGAUCGUCUUCGCAGUUUUGGCGUAUCCAACGCCGAGACUUACCGAGAAUACAUUCGUCGCUAUAAGGCUCUGGCCAUGACCGUCAUGGCUUCUCACCACGCGUUCAAGCCUUCGGAUGCGCAAGUGCAGAUAGCUGUUCGAGACUUCAUGUUGAAGCAGUUUCUGGUAGUGUCGGGGCAGGUGUACAAGGAUGAGCAGCUCUCCAUGGAAGCCCCUUCUGGGCGACAAGCUUCGUGUCUGGAUGAUAUGUGGGAUGUGUUGGACAAGCAUGCAUUCGCGCACACGCCGGCGGUGCAUGGAGAUGAUUCUUUUCGGCAUCUUCCACGAAUGCUAGGAGUUCGUCUGCUGUUUCGCGUGCUGUAGCUUCUCCGGCGUUGCGUUCGACGGUGACCCCUUCGUGGAGCCAGGGCUCUUCGGCCGCCGUGGCGAGUGUUGACCCUCUACCCAAUGAU